AAUGCAGUGAUCACUCAAAUACAGUUUGUAUUUGCAUGCCCAUGUUAUAGAGGGAUUUUCCUGUGUGUUUUGUAGCAGUGCAUUUGUUACAGAGUGUGUCUUCAUGUAUAUCAGUAUUUUAUUGAAUUCUGUUUGCAGUUUAUUAGAGGAAAGAAAACCUUAACAUCUACAGUAAUGUCCAUGUUUUCUUUUUUUUACCCUCUAGGUUAUGCAGAAAAUAGUUUCCAGACCCCUUCAGGACCCAAGUCACCUUCACCCAUCUACGUGUGAACCAAACUGGGAAGACUUUUCAGGGCCUGUGCAAAUCAUGCUAUGGAAGAGAAUGUUGAGUGUUUUAAGACCAGCUCCUGAAAAUCUCGUUCUUGAUCAAGAUACUGCUCAUCCUAACCUCAUCAUUUCAGAGUAUAACACUACCAUGGAAGAAUCAAGGGGCCGUGUGCUUGAGCCUGAUUUGCCACAGAAAUUUACUCGCUUUCUGGGUGUACUGGCCACCACGGAAUACACAUCCGGAAAACAUUACUGGGAAGUAGAUGUGAAGGGUAAAGGAGUCUGGUAUCUAGGUUUAACGGAAAUUGACAGCAACCGUAAAGGUUAUGUCAAUCUUAGUCCUUAUGAUGGAUAUUGGAGCAUCUGUCUUCAGGAUGAGAUGUAUGCCAAUGAUGAACAAAGAGUGUUCAUAAAGCAAGACUGGUCUAUCUCCAGAGUUGGAAUGUUCCUUGACUACGAUGCAGGGCUGUUGUCUUUUUAUGAUGCUAUUCUCAUGAAACAUCUGUACACCUUUAGACAAUACUUUGAUGGCCCUGUGUGUCCGUUUUUCAGCCCGGGCAAAAACGAUAUUGGUAGUCGUAUGAAAAUUUGUCAUUACCAUUAGAUGAAAUAAGACAACUGGCAGCAAGAUUUAAUUAUAAUCAAAGUCAUUCCACGUACCACUCGUGUAUUCGAUGGUAGAGAUUGUGUUAUUUUCCCCAAGUGGGGGAAAAAAACAGAUUUUCCUUCUAAUACCAGUACUUUCAUAAGCUGUGGAUACCUGUUCAGUAAGAAAAAAAAAGUGUGAUGAUUUUCUGGCUCUAAAAUGAGUCCAGUAUAAAAACCACAAUUAUUUUAUUCCACAAACAACAAGGUUUACCAAUAAGCACCAGUAGCCAAGAAAUCUGCUGAUCAAAUGAGCCCAAAUACACCAGAAGCCAAAAAAGUGGUUUGUAUGCAUCAGAUGUUGCCAGGGCAAUAAAAGCUUUGUGUAAAGCAGGGCUUCAGGAACCAGGUCCUCAGGACCUCAAGGUCUUAUGGUUGUCAUUCCAGCUGAUCUCUCAGUUACUGCACAUGUAGUUGAACUAAUAAUUUGCUUAGUUAGACCUUUUUAAUUGUUUUCAGCUUGGAGAUGUAAAGUCAACGAUAACAUUUUAGUAGAGUGUUCGCUGAGUGUUUAUAGAGUUAAACAUUGCAAUAUGUUGUCAAAACUCUCGUCCUGCAAAGAAGAAUCGUGUCUAUAGUGACCGCUCAGUUGAAUCCAUGUGUAAAUAUUUUUUACAAGGUAAGACCACCUGUCUUCUAUAUUAGCAAUUUACUAUGUUAACUGUAUAUUUGUGGCCAUUCCUUGCCUUUAGAGUUGAAUUAGAGGAAUGCUAUGAUCCAUUUGACUAGCAGAGAGAUUGCAGUUAGCUUUCACAGGAUAGCUGUUUAUUCAACUGAUUUAAACAUAGGCAGAUCUAAAUACCGCUGUCUUAAAUCAUUAAAAUAUAAACCUUACAAAGUUAUGUUUAGAUGUGCGUCUGUUUAGAUCAAUGGAAUAUACCCUGCUGUAUUUUGAGAUCUACUAUGAUUUGUGUGUUUUCUGUUUGUUUUUUCAGCAGUGAUUCAGCAAUCUGGGUCCACAGUUUAGUUAAAUACAAAUUUUAUGUGUAUAGUACGUUAUAGACCCCUGCAUCAGCUGUCUCUUGAAGUAAUUAGCUGCCCUCCUUUGGUGCCCAUUAGACUGCUGAUUGCACAGUAUGACCUAUGAUUGAGUGGUAUGAUACACAGCUAUAGUAUGAUGAAUUAUUCUAAGUAUGUUUUUCGUUCUAUGAUAUGUUGCUUUUCAAGUUUUUUAUAAAGCUUCUGUAUUGACUGAAGUACUUGUGAGUAGAAAUGCCCACAUUUUCUGUAAAUAAGUCUUUCCCCAGACUAAACUCAAUUAAAAUAAUUUUUUUAAAU